AUGGCCCCGUCCAGCAACCCAGACGCCGUCGCCCUGGAGCAAUCCGUCUACCAGGCCGGCCUGCACUCCACCAAGCCGCCCUUCACCUUCCAGUCCUCAGAAUGGGAGCCCCAGGCCAAGGCCGUGCUCUCUGCCAACUCCUGGGGCUACAUCCACGGCAACUGCGGCGCCGGGUCCACCUACCGCAGGAACCUCGCAGCAUUCGACCGCUGGUCCAUCGUGCCCAGGCGCCUGGUGCCCAGCAGGACGGACCCGGCGACAGGCGCAGAGGCCUUCGCCGACACCAGCGCGACGGUCCUGGGCCAGGAGCUGCCGUUCCCCGUCGCCAUCGCGCCGAUUGGCGUGCAGAGGAUCUUCCACGCCGAGGGCGAGGUCGCGGCAGCGCGGGCGAGCGACGCUGUUGGGGUGCCGUACACGCUGAGCACGGCGUCGAGCACCAGCAUCGAGGAGGUCUCGUAUGCGACUGACAGUCAGCGUCAUGGGGGCGGGGAAGGCCGGCGACAGAGCAAGACGCCGCGGUGGUACCAGCUGUAUUGGCCGUCACGCGAGCACGAUGACAUCACCAUCUCGCUGCUGUCGCGGGCAAAAAAUGCCGGGUACACGGCGCUAUUCGUCACGCUAGAUACCUACGUGCUCGGCUGGAGGCCAAGCGACAUGGACAACGGGUACAAUCCUUUCAUCCACCCAGACCGCAUCGGCGUGGAGAUCGGCCUGACCGACCCCAUCUUCCAGAAGAAGUUCAAGGCGGAGCACGGCUACGACAUCGAGGAGGCGCGACGGAGCGAGAGCGAGGCAACGACGGGGCGGAACCUGGGCGAGGCUGCGCAGGAGUGGGCAAAGAUCGUGUUCCCCGGCCAUUCGCACUCAUGGGACGACGUCGAGUUCUUGAAGAAGCACUGGGACGGGCCGAUCGUGCUCAAGGGCAUCCAGAGCGUGGCGGACGCGCGGAGGUGUGUCGAGGUCGGCGUCCAAGGGAUUGUGGUCAGUAAUCACGGCGGGCGGCAGCAGGACGGCGGCGUGAGCAGCUUGGGAAUGCUGCCUCGCAUCUCAGAGGCUGUUGGUGACGAGCUUGAUGUUUUCUUCGACAGCGGGAUUCGAUGCGGUGCCGAUAUUAUCAAGGCUGUGGCACUGGGGGCCAAGUGUGUGCUCGUCGGACGGCCGUAUGCCUACGGUCUGGCGAUCGGAGGGGAGGAGGGAGUAAAACACGUCUUGCGAGCCAUGUGUGGUGAUUUGAUGAUGAACAUGCACCUGGCAGGCUUGAGAGGGCUAGAUGAAGUCAACAAGGACAUACUCGUGAAGGAAGGCGAUCUUUUCUAG